ACUGCGAAAACGUAGUCAUAAGGGUCCGAGGGCUGCUGUGUCAGACAGCUGGGCUGCCAUGGCGUCCUACUUUGAGGAACACGACUGCGAGCCCACGGACCCCGAGCAGGAGGCCCGAACCAACAUGCUGCUGGAGCUGGCUAGGUGGAUGGCCGAGGCUGGGAGGUCACUUUUCAAUACUAUGGACAUUGGAGGCUUGGGAUUGGUAGUAGAUUGGGAUCACCACCUGCCUCCGCCUGCUGCCAAGACUGUGGUUGAGAACCUCCCCAGGACAGUCAUCAGGGGCUCUCAGUCUGAGCUCAAGUGCCCCGUGUGUCUUUUGGAAUUUGAGGAGGAGGAGACUGCCAUUGAGAUGCCUUGCCAUCACUUCUUCCAUUCCAACUGUAUUCUGCCCUGGCUGAACAAGACAAAUUCCUGCCCCCUUUGCCGCCAUGAGCUACCCACUGAUGACGACACUUACGAGGAGCAUAGACGAGAUAAGGCUCGCAAGCAGCAGCAGAAGCACAGACUGGAGAACCUGCAUGGAGCCAUGUACACAUGAGGUGGCUGGGGCUGAGUGGUGGUCCUCCACAUCUUCCUCUUGAACCUUGAAUCCUCAUUAAAGGUUUCUUUACCUA